AUGGAACCUUCAGACCAUGUUGCUCAACGGGAUGAUUCCCAGAGAUCUGACACGGCUGCUGGCAGAAUGGACAUGGCUGAGGUGUACCGAACUCUUGAACUGUACGAAAAGAGAAGUCGUGCGUCUCGUCCCCAAGAAGCAUCCGAUGGCCUCGCCAACAACUCGAUCCGACUGCCAAAGACGGGGCGACAGAGACCUCCUCCUCUAUCGGUUACCACUCCAGCUCAACCUUCUGCGUCCUCUGCUUCAACUAGCACCAGCCAUGCACCCAGCAGCUCUGUCAAGCCACCGAAGACACGUACUCCGAAGCCGGUUCCUGUCGUGAGCAUCACCACAGCUCAGCCUCCCUCCGUCUCUACCGCGACCUCUGUCACCAAACCCAAUACCCUAGACAAAACAACUCGGGAUGGUAACAAGACGGAAUCUCUCCAGACCGGUACUUCUCGAUCCCAUACCUCAUCUGCCCAACACGACACUUCCUCUGCCCAACACGACACUUCCUCUGCCGCCAAGCCCAGAGCUCUCGGCACUGCUCCCAAGCAGGUGGAUAUUGCUUCUACCAAAGCCUUCGUCUCCAACACCUCGACCGCAGACGAUGCAGGCAUCAAGGACAUCUCUUGGGCGCUUUCCGUUGUCCAGAACAAGGAGAUGCCUGUCAAUUCGGAUGUCCUCACAACUGUUGAGCCUGCCAUGGUCCCGCCCGGUACAGUUCCACCUGGGGCAGCCUCAACCGUCCUCCAGUACAACGACAAUCGCACCACAAGCACAACGACAAACAACAGCUCGACGACCAAGAACACGAAUAACAACUACCACGGAGGAGAAACGCCAUCGAAUACCCGAUCCUACCCUUCAUUUACCAGCCUCGGCACCUCGAGUCUCGCCGUUGGCUUCCUCAUCUUCUUGGUCGUGGUCCUGGCUACGUAUGGAGUCAUCGGCUGGUUCAACUGGAUCAUGUCCCCUUUUCAGUGGGGCAAAGAUUUCCUUGUUGGCAUUUGGACCUCUGCCGUCUUUUGGUACGAGGCAACAGGACGCGACCGAGAAGCAACCACGACAGCCAAGCCGUACACCGAAGAGCCCUACACCCCCUUUCUCGUUGCCACACCCACCAAGCUGGUGGAGAGACCGAGCGAGCUGUCGGAACUCUUCUUGCAGGUUUCCAAGGACUACGACGAGAUUAGCGAGGUGGCUGGCGUCCACAGAGCUCCGUUCCGUCAAGACAGACAGGCCAUGGGAAAGGGUCUGGCCUCGCUCAACUCAGGCCCUGAAGCCGAGUGGGAUGAACAACUCGGGCAGCAAACGGAGGAAGCCGAGUGCCUUCGGAUGGGUCUUCAGCGCCUCAUCACGUCUCAGGCAAAUGGAGGCCAGAACAGCGCCCCGUCCGACUGGUCUGCCUUGUAUCGGUGGUGGCCGUGGGCUACGCCGCCCUCAAACACUCCUCGGGGGAGAGUUCGUCGUUUCAGGCAAGACGUCAUUGACUUCCUACAGAGGGCGGUUGAUCAUCGGUCUCUCAUCCUCCCAGAUGAUUCGGGAACCAUGGAAGAAUCCACUCCGUUUGUAACGCUGUUCCAAGACUUAGCAGAGGGGGCAUGCUGGGCCAUAACGGUCAACUGGCCCAAGGUGACACGAGUUCUCUCCAUCAUCGACAAGCCCCAGAGAAAUCUAGAUGUCGACCAAGAGGACGACAAUCUCGUGCUGUACGGAUGGUUAGCCGGCGCGCAGGACCAGUUCAACAGGCGCAUUGUGCCGCUGGCGGACAAGGCCAGGGGGGUACAAGGGGCCUUUUCGAUUAUCUGCUCCACCGCUCGGCACACAAUUAACAAAGAAGAGGCGCGACGGAAGGCAGCGCACAAGGACAGGAAGGAAAUGAAGAAGGACUUGACCACGCUGCGAGGCAAUCGUGCGCGCCGGGACGAGGACGACGUGGCGUCGCAGGCGAGAACCAUGUUGUCUAUUGUCGAAGCCUUUUUGAGCCGAGUGGAAAAGGGAUACUGUAAGGUUUAG